AUGGAACUGCAGUAAAAGAAUUGUCUUCAUCGAUUGAGAAAGUAUCAUCUCUGAUAAGAUUAAGUCUUAGAAAUUGUUCAAGCCUUGAAAGUCUUCCAAGCAGCCUUUGUAAUUUGACAUCUCUUCGACAGCUUGAUCUCUCUGGUUUGUCAAAUCUAAUAAUGGUUCCAGAGUUCCCACCUGAGAUCCUAGAGUUGUAUUUAGAUGGAACUGCUGUAAAAGAAUUAUCUUCAUCGAUUGGGAAAGUAUCAUCUCUGAUAAGAUUAAGUCUUAGAAAUUGUUCAAGCCUUGAAAGUCUUCCAAGCAACCUUUGUAAUUUGACAUCUCUUCGAAAGCUUGAUCUCUCUGGUUUGUCAAAUCUAACGAUGGUUCUAGAGUUCCCACCUGAGAUCCUAAAGUUGUUUUUAGAUGGAACUGUAGUAAAAGAAUUGUCUUCAUCGAUUGGGAAAGUAUCAUCUUUAAUAAGAUUAAGUCUUAGAAAUUGUUCAAGGCUUGAAAGUCUUCCAAGUAGCCUUUGUAAUUUGACAUCUCUUCGACAACUUGAUCUCUCUGGUUCGUCAAAUCUAAAGAUGGUUCCAGAGUUCCCACCUGAGAUCCUAGAGUUGUAUUUAAAUGGAACUGCAGUAAAAGAAUUGUCUUCAUCGAUUGGGAAAGUAUCAUCUCUGAUAAGAUUAAGUCUUAGAAAUUGUUUAAGCCUUGAAAGUCUUCCAAAGGCCAUUGAUAAGUUGAAAUCUCUGAAAUAUCUUUGUAUGUCGGGUUGUUCAAAACUUGAAAGAUUGCCUGAUGACUUGGGAAAGUUAGAGAGCUUGGAAGCAAUUGAAGCUAGUGGAAUUACUGUUAAAGAGCUGCCUUCAGUUAUGGCUGUUCUAUCAGCUUUGCAAUUUUUAAAGAGAUUAGAGUUGAAUUACUGCAGUAUUACAGAGUUACCCAAUAAUAUUGACAAUCUGCCCUUACUCGUAGAUCUAGAAUUGGAAGGAAACAAUUUUGAGAGCAUCCCAACAAACAUCAUGAACCUUUCCAAGUUACAAAGCCUUAACAUAAGGUUUUGUGAUAGGCUUCAAUCCUUACCAAAGCUUCCACGCAAUAUAAAAGAACUUCUAGCAGAUGGUUGCAAAUUGCUGAAAGAAUUAUCAGGUUUUACAAAUCUAAUAACUCCAGGACCUGAUAGAAGGUCACUGAGCUUGUUCAAUUGUGUCAGUCUGGAUUGGGAUGCAAUCAGAAACAUUUUGAGUGAUUCUAUAUUGGAUACGUACUCAAGUAAAAUUAACCAUUUCGCAUAGAAGGUAACUCCCCAGCGAGAAGUUGAAAUUUGUUACCCUGGAAGUGACAUUCCGGAAUGGUUUAACAUUCAAAGUAGUGGAUCAGUUAUUAAGUUACCACAAGGUUCAUUCAAUGAGAAGGUUCUGGGUCUUGCCUUUUGUUUCAUUGUUGAAGUUGAAGAUAAUUGUGAUGAGUGUAAUUUCUUUGGUGUUGGUUCUACGUUGCGACUGAGUCGCCCUGAUGUGGACAGAAUGUCUAGUGAACAGACGUAUCUUUUGACCAAGUGUAUUAAGUCAGAUCAUGUAUUAGUGAUAUAUGACCACAUUAUAUGGGAGAUAUUUGGGACAGAAGAUUUUAAAUUCGCUUGUGAUACGGAAGCCGUUAUCUCUUUCCGUCCCUUAGAUAGUUUAGAAUUUACAGAGACAAAUUGGAUAAAAAAUAUAAAGAAGUGUGGGGUUCAUUUAUUGUUCACUGAAGAGUUGGAGGAAACUAUGGAAAGAUCAGGAUGCUCCAUCCAUGGUGAAGAAGAUGGAUUUAAAUCUUCAAAUUUCUAUAAAGGCGAAUCCAGCUCAAGACAAUCGUGGCCUUCCAUGGUCAGCCAACCUCUACCGGACUGCAUGACUGAAAGGGAAUUGGAGCUUCUGCCGAGGGAAGUGCUCAAGCACAGGUAUACUGACAAUGGUGAGCUGGAGGUUUCUGUUGCCUGGAAAAAUUUCCCAGAAUUUAAGAAUUCAUGGGUGUAAUACACUCUCUUCAAACAAGCUUUCCCACAAUUCCACCUUGAGGAUAAGGUGCCUCUCGAUAGGAGGGGAAAUGUUAUAUCUAGAAUUUAUGUAUCACGCAAGUGGAAGAGAUACCAAAUGAAGGGUACACCUAGGGGCCUUGAGGAUAAUGUGUCUCUCAAUAGGAGGGGAAAUGUUAGGUCUAGAAUUGAUGUAUCAUGCAAGUGGAAGAGAUACCAAAUGAUGGGUACACCUAGUGUCUUGCAGUUAAAGCAAGUGGCAGAAUUAUGGGGAGAUGUUAGGUCUGGAAUUUAUGUAUCACGCAAGAGGAAGAGAGCCCAAAUGAAGGCACACCUGGAGGAAUUAUAUUGGCGAUCAAAAAUGCUGGAGAGGAGUGGCAAUCAAAGUUGAAAGCUGGUUGUUGGAAACAAACACAAACGGAGAGGUGUUAGUCCUGGAGGAGGGAGCAAGCAGAAUUAAGGAAAGGUAGGAGUACAAAGGGAGAGACUAGACCUCCCGAAAGCCUAGAGUUCAGUUACUUUGCUUAUUGCUGUUUCUGGGUAUUUUUUACAUUUUGUAAGAAGAAACGGAUCAUGAGUUCAUGUAAUUACUAAAAUUGGUGAUUUGACUUUGUAGUGCACUUCCAGUUAAUGAAGAAGAAUAUCUCUUUUUUUCU